AUGGCGACGAUUGCCCUUGCGGCACGCGAGACGCCCACUGAGGGCAGUCGAGCCCCCCAUAUCCUCUCCAUUGUGGGUGCGCUGACCGGUCUGGCGGCAUUGUUGGUCUUCUUGCGUUGUUACGUGCGUCUGUUCAUACUGCGCAAAUUCCACCUGGAGGACGGGUUUAUGAUUGCAUCCUUAGCCUGCGCAUUUGGUCUCCUGGGCUGCUUCAUUGGGGAGACUCAUCAUGGUGUCGGUAGCUGGUCGAAGGACAUCAGUCCGGCAGAUUCGGAGAAGUUGAACGAGUACAUGUUCUACCACGCCAUCGUGAUUGUGCUUGGUAUUAGUUUGGUGAAGAUCUCGAUCGGAUUCUUCUUGUUGCGUUUUACCUCGCAGAACAAAAUCCUGAAGUGGUUCAUCAUUGGCACCCUGGUCUUUCUGGCUUUAUUCACUAUUGCCUGUAUCUUGGCACUGGUCUUCCAAUGCUGGCCUGUUGAGGCCGCAUGGGACGUCGAGUUAAAGAAGACGGGGAGAUGUUACUCGAUCGACACGUACCUGCGCAUUGGACAGUUCAACAGUGGUAUGAUUCGUUUCCACUGUAUGCCACUUCCAGAGACUGACUGCUCAGCCAUCAACAUCAUCACCGACUUCAUUUUUGCCACCCUGCCGGUGUUUAUGUUUGCCCAGAUUCAAGUCAACAAACGAACAAAGCUCUCGCUCAUGGGUAUUUUGAGUCUGGGAUAUUUCGCCUGUGCUGCGGCAAUUGUCAAAACCGUCCUUCAAAGUCGGGUGUUUGGCGACACUGAAUCCUACCGUGAGAGUCAGUAUCUCAUUUGGAACUUUGUCGAGCUCGCCGUCGGUAUCAUCGCCGCCUCCUUCCCUACCAUCAAGCCUCUCGUGAAGUCCUUCAUCGGUAGCACCAUGAGCCUGACCAGUGGCCACCGCACCGGCAAACGCACCGCCCACGGCUACGGAUAUCGCAACCAGGCCUCGGGUUACGCGAUGCACUCGAUGUCGCGCAGUCGGCCGGACGGAGAGGAUCAGAAAUAUGCCGUCCAGAUCGCAUCGGUGGCCGACCGAACAUCGGGAUCGAGCGAGGAGAAUCUGACAAAGCCCAGCGGACCGUCGUUUCCGCCACACAUCAUGCAGACGACGGAGGUGACGGUGCAGAGUCGCCUGGUGAUCACAUCCACCAACGACACUCACUUCCCCUUGAGUCGUGAGGCCUUGGAGAGGGGAAAGCACGUGAUCGUGGAAAAGCCGUUCACGGUCAGCCAUGCAGAAGCCGUAGAACUGGUCGACUUCGCGACGAAGGAAAACAAACAGCUUGCUGUCUACCACAAUAGACGGUGGGACUCCGAUCAUCUGACGGCGCGUGGCCUGCUGAACGGCCCCCACCGACCGCUUGGGCGCAUCGUCCGCUUCCGAUCGCAUUUUGAUUGUUCUCCAAUUUCCCGCACGGCGACCGAGGCGAAGGGAUGGAGACUGACGACGGGAGUCCCCGGGGCUGGGAUGUUAUUUGAUCUGGGAAGUCACUUAAUCGAUCAGGCAGUGGUGCUCUUUGGGAGGGACUCCAGCGAGUGUGACGGCCGUGUUGCUGGACGAGGCGAAUGUGAUCGACAGAAACAGUUUGAGAUUCUUGGAACUCAGGGCCGCUGGAUCAAACAUGGGAUCGACUGUCAGGAGGAACAGCUACAAGCGGGGAUUUAUCCGGGAAACGAAGACUACGGCGUGGAGAGGCCAGAGAAUCGUGGUCUGCUGCAAGUCGCCCAGCCCGAGUCGGGUGUGAGGACUACGUCGUGGGAGGCAGAAAGGGGAGGAUAUCAUCAUUUCUAUCAGAAUGUGCAUGAAGCCAUUACAGGCCGAGCUGAGUUGGCCGUGCAGCCCAGGGAUGCAGCUUUGGUGAUGCAUCUGAUUGAACUAUGUCGGCGGAGUGCCGAGCUAAGACAAACGGUGACGGUCGAUCUCUAG